ACUCAGACAUUUAAUAAUGUCCAUUCAGCACCCUUCAACAAAACUCAGUACACUUAGUCAAAACAGACAACAAACAAUAAUACAUAAUCCCAACCUCUCCACUUCCACUUGUUUAGUUUUUUGUGUAUACACAGCACAAACACAUCAUAUAUCGGGUCUUAAUUAGUUUGACAAUCUGGCGGAACUUCGUUUCAAAAGAUUUUUGUCAACAGUAGUAUAUAUUCUUAUUUGAUCGAUGCAGUGUAUGUACUGCAAGUUCUAGAUAAUAGAUAUCAUGUACAUACCACUUUAUAAAAGAACAUAUUCGUAGGUUGCAGUUUUGUUACGUGGAGUUCUAGAAGUUUUUGGAAUCAAUGUUCGGCUGGGCAUAUUUUGUUUAUCUGAAGUUCUGAACCAUUGGUUGGUUUUCAAUUGGAUAGGUCUAUUUCAAGAGACAAAUAUUCAUGGAACUUUGAAGAGCUGAGGCAUCAGCAUAUGCAUAUACUAUUUCUGGUCCAAAGCUUUGUUUGGACAAGCUCCUAUUUCUUGUCCUGGUCCUUCCCACUGAUUAUGGCUAACUUUCUCUGAUCCAAUCUUCUCCAAUGUGAUCCAAUCUUCUCCGUCACGGGGAAGUGAUGUAAUAGGAUUUUGUAUGUAAACUAACACAAGGCUUGAGAGAGGCUGAAUAUAAAAGGAUUCAGAACAAGCUUAAUCUUCUGUCAUGGCCAUGUGUAGGUGUGUUUCUGUUUUGAUUGGAAGGAAGAAUAAAAUCAAGGGCAUUGAAGGAUCAUCAAAGAGUCGUGAUUUAAAGCCUGAUGCCACCCAGAUGAAUUCGAGGUGUAAUGUGAAAGUUAUGAGUCUCGAGAGUCCUAUGAAGACUGAAGUACAAGAAGCGUAUGACGGGGAAGAUGAGCAUGAAGAUUCACCAUCCAUCAAGAGAGAGCUAUCUGAUUUUGAUCUCCAAGUUCAUGAAGCUGUUGCAAGUAAAGGAGGAUAUGAUCGAAUAGGUAAGGAGAUGAACACCCACAGUUUAUAUAAAAAACAAGUCAACAUUCAAUUGGAAGACAGAGAUGAUAAAUACAACAAAAAGAGCGUUGAUUUAAUCCUAAGUGGGCAUGUCAGUGAUCCUGGGAUUGGCAAGUGUGACUUCUGGGAUUCUCCAAAGCUGAAGCGAUCUUGUUCUAACCUGGAAAGAAGGGAUAUACUUAGGAAGACUGCUCAUCACUUUCCAUCUUCAAAGUUAAGAUCUUUUGAGGAUUUACAAGAAUUAUCCGCAAAUUUAGAAAGUCCCAGGUCUGUGAUGACUCAGCGCAGUGCUGAUAAAGUGAUGUUGAAAAGGCGUUCGUCUAGUCAAGUUCUCCCUUCUGGAAGUAAGAAAUUAUGGUGGAAGUUGUUCCUCUGGAGCCACAGGAACAUUCAUUUACCUUUGGUCAGCAAAUCAACACAAUUACAUCCUGCAAAUGCAGUUUUGAAUAAUCAAUGCGGGUACUCUUCAGAUAUCCUGGAGCCAAAACAAGGUAAGACAUUGAGACACGUGAGAUCGCCCUCUCCUGCAUCAUCGUCUGGGGAGUACUUUAGGAAUAGGGGAAAGGAUAAAAUUAUUGAAAAUCCAAGGCGGAGCAGAUUUCACAAGGAAAAAAACUUGGAUUUUUGGACACAAAAUCAAUGGGUUGCCUUCUCAGCAGAACCCUCCUCCUUUAACAGAGUGGAUGAGUGGGUGAAAGAUCUUGAAAAUCAGCAGCCACCUCCUGAGGAUGAUUUUACUGUUGACAAUAUUGGAAGCAUUGACCUGCCAUCUUCUCCAGAUGCUGAUAGAUCAAUUGCAAGAAGCACGACCCAGUUGACUCGACAUCAAGAUGCCGAUUUUUCAAAGGAUAUUUUGUACGCUAAUAGCGUGGUCCAGUCUCUGAAUUCAACCUCAACUGCAGCUCAUAUAUGUGGUAUUGGUAUUAAAGCCAUCCCCACAAUAGCACACUUCUCCAGUCUUCGCUCAGUGAAUUUGUCUAACAAUUUCAUAGUUCAUAUCACACCUGGAUUUCUCCCAAAGAGUCUUCACACACUAAAUUUGUCAAGAAACAAGAUCAGCACCAUUGAGGGCCUCCGAGAAUUAACUCGAUUGCGUGUACUUGACCUAAGUUAUAAUCGCAUCUCAAGAAUUGGACAAGGGUUAUCAAAUUGUACACCGAUUAAAGAGCUAUAUCUUGCGGGAAACAAGAUAAGUGAUGUUGAGGGGCUUCACCGGUUAUUGAAGCUAACAGUUCUGGACUUGAGCUUUAACAGGAUAACAACAACAAAAGCAUUAGGCCAGCUUGUAGCAAACUACAACUCACUUCAGGCCCUGAAUCUGCUUGGAAAUCCAAUUCAAAGCAACAUCGGUGAUGAGCAACUGCGCAAAGCAGUCUGUGGUCUUCUUCCAAAGCUAGUAUACCUGAACAAGGAUGCCAUCAAGCCUCAAAGGGCUAGAGAGAUGCUCACUGAUAGUGUUGCCAAAGCUGCACUUGGAAACAGCAGCCGGUCCUCCAACAGAAGAGCACUAAAGAAAGGAGUCCAAGGAGGAUCAAGUUCCUCCAGUGUGCAUAGAAGCAGCACUGGUUUAGCCCAGAAAAGCAGGCACAGGUCCAAGAGCCGAUCUAAACAUCAGUAGUUGUCUGAAUAAGGAACAUUCCACCAGUCUUUUAUGUUUCCAAAAACUUAUAAACGGGGGCAGUUAAUGCUUCAACCUGAAACCGAACCAAUAUGGUAAGGUUUGGUUGUAGGCAUUGGUGUGUUUGCUUCAACCUGUAAUUAUUAGUGUUUGAUUUAUAUACCAUAAAGGAGACUGCACAUGGUUGCAAGAUAUUGACAGUCUCUGUCAAGACUUGAUAUAAUUAAGUCUUCAUCAUCUCCAUUCUGCAAAUGUAAUGUGUGGAAUUCAUUCUGCAAAUGUAAUAUGUGGAACUCAGUCAUCAUCUUGGAAAUUUUGUGAACUUCAUGUAUACAUUUUUGGCUGUACAAAACAGUAAUUGGCCAGCCUAAUUGCUACUGUUGUCAUUAUCAGUAUCAUUAAAA